CGCAGCCGCCGCCCCCCAGACUCCACCGCGCCCCCCUUCGUCGCAUCCGUCAAACGCCGCACGUCCCGCAAUGGUCGCCAAGUCAGGAGCUCCGCCGGUCCCGGAAAGCGUGCUGAAGAAGCGCCGCGCCACAGAGAAGGUCGCCGGCGAGCGCCUGAUCGCCGCCAAGGCCGCGCAGAAGGCCCGCCGCGAGGCGAAGAAGGAGGCCUUCAAGCGCGCGGAGACGUACGCCGCCGAGUAUCGCGCGGCCGAGCGCACCGUCAUUGACGCCAAGCGUGCCUCGCGUAAGGACGGCAAGUUUUACGUCCCCGACGGCGCCAAGGUCGCCUUCGUCAUCAGGAUCAGGGGUAUCAACGCUAUGCCGCCCAAGGAGAAGAAGAUCCUCCGCCUCCUCCGCCUCAGGCAGAUCCAGAACGGCGUCUUCGUCAAGCUUAACUACGCUACCAUUCGCAUGAUGCAGAGGGUCGAGCCCUACAUCACGUACGGAUACCCCAACUUGAAGAGCGUCAAGGAGCUCAUCUACAAGCGUGGCUUCGGAAAGGUCGGUACCAGGGGCGCCUGGUCCCGUAUUCCUCUUUCAGACAACAGGAUCAUCGAGGAAGCUCUGGGCAAGUACAAUAUUAUCUGUAUGGAGGAUUUGGUCCAUGAGAUCUUCACCUGUGGAGAGCACUUCAAGGAGGCCAACAACUUUUUGUGGCCCUUCCAGCUCUCCUCCCCGAAGGGUGGCUACUCCAAGAAGUCAAAGCUCAUUCACUUUACCGAGGGCGGCGAUGCUGGCAACCGGGAGGACCUUAUCAACAGGCUCAUUCAGCGCAUGAAUUAGUUUUUUUACCCAAUUCAUUCAUCCCGUCUCAUCUCCCGCUUGCCUACUGUGACGUAAAACACCCACCCGUUUUCGCUACUUCUACUCGCACCUCCCGCUGCGCAUCAGGCUACCCGAUACCCAAUGGCGAUCACGUUGACUAGUAAUUCCAGGCGCUGAAAAGCAAAUACAGUAGAGACAAAACACACAGCUUGAGCAACUGUAAUCUCUUUCUUACUUGAUCCGCACAAACACAGAAAUGCAAAAAUGAAAAAAAUUGUCAGCGUGACACUCGUGCGCCCUA